AAAAUAUGCGGUAUUGAAGCGCUCAUGCCCAGUGGAUGAAGCUGUAUCUCUUCUAGCUUCCCUGAAAGCUUCCGGGUUUCUCGACACUUCUACGAAGCCUCGGCACAGGACGUAACAUCACCAUUAUUAGCUGUUACAUUACUAGAAUCUUUGGAGAUAAUCGGAAACCUUAAGUGAUUUUCUUUUACUUGAUAUAAAUAAUUCAUUUAUUAAUCGUGCAGCGAGUUGGCCUUUAGCAAGUUUGGUUAGCACAGCGGUCGUCGCGUUGGGUGCGGCUCGACAACACACUGAGGAGAUGUAUUACUUACACCGAAUAUCUUAAUUAAACUAGAUGUUACUGGGAUCAACAGCAGUAUGAGAAGCUUUAUUAACAGCAUUGUUUUAUUACUCGUGUGCGGUUUGUUUGGUGCUGUGACAGAUGAUGAGAAGUCAGUGUCAGUGAAUGAAGGAGAAUCAGUCACUCUACACAAUGAUGAUACUGAACUACAGGACACUGACACGAUACGGUGGAGGUUUGGAGAAGAAGGCUCUGUCACACUUUUAGUUGAGAUGUCUGGAGGUAGGAUCACAUAUAGAGAUUUUGGCGAUGGGAGAUUCAGAGACAGACUGCAGAUAUUAGACCGUCAGACUGGAUCUCUCAUCAUCAAAAACAUCAGACACAAACACUCUGGACGAUAUGAAGCAGAAAUCCACCACGCCAUUGGAACAGCAUACAAGAGAUUCAAUGUUAAUGUCAAAGAUGCUCCACAUGUUAUCAGUGCUGAACAAAGUGACGUCAAGUCAGUGUCAGUGAGUGAGGGAGAUUCUGUGACUCUAAACACUGAUGUUCAGACACACAGAGAUGCUCUCAUAGUGUGGAGGUUUGGAGAUGGGGGUGUUCUCCUGGCUAAAGGUGAUAAAGAAGACAAUAAGAGCUCAAUAUAUGAUGAUAAAGGGAUGUUCAGAGACAGACUGAAGCUGGAUGAUCACACUGGAUCUCUCAUCAUCACAAACACCAAAAGCACAGACGCUGGACUUUAUAAACUACAGAUCAGCAGCAACAGAGACACAAAAUACAAGACAUUCAGUGUUUCUGUCAGGGAUCCAGGUCUAUCUGCAGGACAGGUAACAGGAAUAAUCUUUGGUGUCCUGCUGGUUAUUGCUGCUGCUAUUGCUGUUGUUGGUGUGAUUGUGUAUCGCCGCAUUAAAUAUGAACUUCAGAAACGAAAGAGUGAGUUUAAUCUCCAGUUGAGACUGUCAUAA